AAAAUUCUAGGGAACCCCCACUACGCCUGCACGCGCCCACUAGCUAGCCACCUUAGAUCGGUCGAUACAGCUAGCUAUACCCGCUAGCUGCACCUCUCGCUGCCGCCGCCCGGCCGGGCCGCGCGAGACCGCUCAAAAUUCGCGCGCACCGCCACGCGGCGCGGACAUGCUGCGGGCGGCGGGGAGCAGCUAGCAGGUAGCCGAGCACGGCAGGGCGACCCGGCGCGCGAUCCGCCGCUGCCCGCGUGGGCGGCCGCCUAUGGAUCUGGCCGCAUGGCGGGCUUCCCUCUAGGCGGAGGAGGCCACGGCCGCGGCGACCACCACCACCCUCACGUGAACCCUUCCUCCGGCUCCGGCUCCGACUCCGCGGCCGCCGCCUACCUCUACACGGCCGCCGCCGCGCCGCGCGGCGGCUUCCAGCUAUGGCCGCCUCACCCGGCGCAGGAGCACCACCACCACUUCUACGCCCCCAACAUAAUCCGCUUCGCCGAUGACCCCGCCGCGGGCUCCUCGCGCGGCGGCAGGGGCUCCGCCAGCGGCGCCGGCGCGGGCACCAUCAGCUGCCAGGACUGCGGCAACCAGGCCAAGAAGGACUGCGUCCACAUGCGCUGCCGCACCUGCUGCAAGAGCCGGGGCUUCGACUGCCCCACCCAUGUCAAGUCCACCUGGGUGCCCGCCGCCAAGCGCCGGGAGCGCCAGCAGCAGCAGGCCACCGGCGCCGCCGAGCCCUCCAAGCGCCACCGUGACGCCGCUACCGGUGCCCAGCCCUCCUCUACCACCGCCACAACCACUUCCUCGGGUGAGCAGCAGCAGAUGGCGGUGGUGGCGGAGCGGUUCCCGCGGGAAGUGAGCUCGGAGGCGCUGUUCCGCUGCGUCCGCCUGGGCCCGGUCGACGAGCCCGACGCCGAGGUGGCGUACCAGACCAGCGUCAGCAUCGCCGGCCACGUCUUCAAGGGCAUCCUGCACGACGUCGGCCCGGAGCCGUCGACGGUCGCUGCGGGCGGCGGCUUCCGCCACGCCACCGAGGGGUCCUCCCCUAGCACGGCCGCGGCGGGCGAAGGCAGCGUCGUGGGGCCCGUCUCGUCAUCGGCUGUGGUCAUGGACCCGUACCCGACGCCCGGCCCGUACGGCGCCGCUCAUUUCUUCCACGGCCAUCCGAGGUGAUGAUCAAACGGCCACCAUGAUUGACACGGCUAGCUAGCCUAGCUGAUGGGUUUCGUUCUCUUUGGACAUGCCAUGCAUCUUUCCAUCCACUGCUUCAAUAUUUGCUUUACUGGAGGGAUUAUCGAUCGUCACCAAAUUGUUACUAGUAGUUUUUAUUUGUCUCCGUCCUCCAUCCCUCUUCUCUCUUACAUUCUCAAUGAUCGAUGCAUAAACUGAUGAGCACCAUUCAUCACUGUUUCUUUCGGAUCAGUUCUUACUGUCGCAGUAGCUAGCCCAUCAGGUUGUUGCUAGAAGUAAAUAUAAAGCUUGGAGUAGCUAGCUAGGAAACUGUGUUCAUCAUGAUUCAAAGUUUAAAACCUGACAGUUAGGUAA